UCGCAAGAAAUGGCUGGUAGUGGUAGUCAAUGGAGAAGAAAUCGUGCUGAUUUGGGCUGUUUCUCCAAUUUCCUUCAACGUUCAUUCUUUGAUUGUUUAGGAAAUGGCUUCGGAUCCUAAGGUUUUCGUCUUCGACGAAGUGGCUAAACACAAUCACCAGCAGGAUUGUUGGGUUAUAAUCUCUGGAAAGGUGUAUGAUGUCACCUCCCUUCUAGAAGAGCAUCCUGGAGGUGAUGAAGUCUUGCUGUUAGCUACUGAAAGAGAUGCCACUGAUGAUUUUGAAGAAGUGGGUCACAGUUUAACUGCGUCAGAGCAAAUGGAAGAAUAUUAUGUUGGUAAUCUGGACAUGGCUACCCUUCCAAAGGCAGUUGCCAAUCGACCACCAGCACCCCAAUCGGGGACAGCGACAACAGCAGCAGCAAAACCAACAGCAGCAGCACCAACAACAACGUCAUCAGCUGAAUCUCCAGGAUCUUUGAUAAAAGUAUUUCAAGUUCUGAUUCCCCUGCUGAUUUUGGGUAUUGCAUUUUAUAUGCAAUACUAUGGCAAGAAACAGUAAGCGAAAUUUGUCCAACCAUAGAUGCCUUGAGUUUUGCAAUAAGCCAGAGCUGUGUAGUAGAAAUUCUAUCAUGUUCUGUCGAAGACAUUCUUUGUUAUCUAUCUAGGUUUCUCGGCCACAGCCUUCUUGGUAAUAUCUGAGAAGGGAAUUUUCAUUUGCCU